GUGAAUGGCGGGCGCUGAUUGGGCGCCGGCGGUGCCCGCCCAGCAGAGCCCCGUGAGGGCUAUGUGGUGAGGGGCGGCCGAGGGUCCCAGCUCGGGGCUCCUUCCCCUGCAGCCCCCCGGGGCCGGGAUGUCGCGGGAGGAGCCUGAUGGUCCCGAACCGGAGGCGGCGGCGGGCGAGAGCCCCUUCGCGGCGGAGCUGGGUGAGGACGAGCCCCCCGGCGAGAAACCGGACAGGCCGCGCGCGGGGCCAGCGCUGGGUCCCCGCUCCUCGCUCUUGUUCGCCUCGCUGGACGCCGCCGUGGAGGGGCUGCAGCAGCGGGUGCAGGACGUGCUCGGCCGCCUCAACAGCGGCCGCGAGGAAGCGCACACGGAGCUGAGCGGCGUCAGGGGCAGCCUGCUGCUGAAGGUCUCGGAGCUGGCGGAGCAGCUGGAGGAGCGGCUCUUCCACCGCUACGGCUUCCACAACGGGCUGAUCCAGGAGCGGCUGCAGGCGCUCGGCGAGGUGCUGGAGCGCGUGGAGGAGGUGCAGGCGGAGCUGCGCCGCAUCUGCUGCACCGUGGAGGCGGCGUAUCAGGAGCUCUGCCUGCAGCCCGAGGCCUGAGGGCACCCCCAGACCUGAGCGGGACCCCCAAACCCACGGCGCUGUGCCGGGCUUUGCAAAGGGGCAUUUUGGACCCAAAGGGCUUUGCUGUUGCUGUUUG